AUGAGUGUGAAGGUACUUCAGAAGGAGGGCUUCAGACCAUUUCUGAACUUCACCAGGGUCCUUUUUAGGAACCUGGAGAAGGGCAGGGUAGAUUUGGGACCUUCUGAUGAAGAUCAGGAGGGACCAAAAUCUGUAUUAUCUGGUCAAAUUCCAGGGUUCUGCACGGAUGACCUGGUGGCGGCCGAAGUGACUUAUGUAUCGGAGGGAACGCAGAGACAACUGGUAGUUUGCUCAGCGUACCUCCCUUACGAUAAGAAAGAAUCUCCUCCAACCAGGGAACUGAGGGACCUGGUGGCCUGGUGCGAGAAGGAGAAGAAACAACUCAUCGUGGGAUGUGAUGCUAACUCACACCAUACGGUGUGGGGAAGCAGCGAUGUCAACGAUCGAGGUGAGUCUUUACUAGAUUUUCUUUUUAGUUAUAAUCUAGAGAUUUUGAAUGUCGGGAACGAGCCCACCUUUGUUAUAAAAAAUAGAAGUGAAGUCAUCGAUAUAACAGUGGGAUCGGGACCGAUAUGUAAUAAUAUUGCGAGGUGGCAUGUGUCGAAUGAGCCGUCAAUGUCGGAUCAUAGACAUAUCCACUUUGAAAUUAUAACGGAUUAUAAUCCGCAAGUAAGAACCUACAGAGACCCAAAAAGAACUGACUGGGACUCCUAUAGAACGGAGUUACAGGCCAGGACUAGGGAAAUCUGUACAAAACUAAGGAACACAUAUGAUCUUGAGAGGGCCGUGGAGGAACUCCAAAACGCCGUCACAAGAUCAUAUGAAUACAGCUGUCCUAUCAAAGUGAGGUCCGAUAAGCACACCGUACCCUGGUGGAGCAAGGAACUCACGCAGUUGAGGGGACAGACAAGAAAACUAUUUAAUAGAGCAAAGCGGACAGGAGAGUGGGAGACUUAUAGAGCAACCCUCACUGAGUAUAAUAAAGAAAUUAGAAAAGCGAAGAGAGACUCAUGGAGGAAGUUCUGUGAGGAUAUUGAUAGUGUCCCACAGUGUGCUAAACUCCAGAGACUUCUCUCUAAGAACGGACAUACGAAACUCGGGUCUCUCAAAGCACCGAGUGGGGAAUAUACCAAAACUGGAAGGGAGACAUUGGAAUUACUUCUAAAUACUCACUUUCCAGGCUCCAGGUUAUUAAAUCAUGGAGAUGAAUAUGACUGGAAUCACCAGCAGAGGGUAACGACCGGGUCUCGACAGAACUGGGAGGUUGCCAAGACGGUGAGCCAGCAUUGCACUUGGUUAUAUACCGCUGGCAUGGAGAUCGACGAACGUGGCGUUUAUUCCUAA